AUGACUGCUCUUCCAUUAAGCAGUAUAGGGAAGUGAAGAGAUCACUGAGUUUCCUUGCUAAGUUAUGGGAUCAGAGUUUGAAUUCAGACUCUGCCAUUUAAUACCUGUGUGAUUGUGGGCAAGUCAUUUAACCUCCUAGGCCUCCGUUUCCUAUUCUGUAAAAUGAACUUGGACUAGAUAGACUCGAGCUUCUUCCCAGCUCUAGAAUUACAAGUGUCUUUUCUUGAGCAAUAUUAGAGGAAUUCUGACAAAUUUUCCCGUUCCAACUCCUGUUUAAUAUUUCUCAGUAGUCACCGAAAGUUUCAGUUAUUACAACAUGGCCUCCUGAAAAUGUUACCAUUCCACAGAUGACAAUUUGUUUUCUAUUAGACUCGAGAGUGACUGCUUCUAGGGAUGAUGUCUUGAAAUAGGGGAAAGGAGAGAAAGGGAAAAGGGGAGCAUUUCUGGGAAAGUCCCUGCAGGAAGCUAAUCUCGGCCAUCUGACCCGGUCCUUUAAUCCUGUCCCUACAUUCUAGGUUACAGCUCACUUUUUGGAGGCCUGGGUGGUCCGCUACAAACGGACAGUUUUCCAGGCAUGGAGCACUGACUUCGGUAUUCCUUGCUCCAUCCUGUUCCAUCUGUCUUCUUUAGGUCAUUCAUCCGUGUAAAGGCCACGCUGUAGGAACGGGGGAGGGAAUCUUAGUCCCGCUCGGCUGGAAGCAGUCAAGGGGGGCUGCGUUUGGAGUGAGUCUUCACAACCUGGCGAAUCUCGUGAGCAGCUGUCUGAUGAGUCUCCGCUGUGCCCUGGGAAGCAAGCUGGGGUAGAGGGGGCCACCGCCUGAACCCUGAGAAGGAGCGGAGGGAGGGGCGGCUCCGAUUCCUCUAGACCCUCGGGCAAGAUCUCCCCACCGCUCCGAGCCCCGCCUCUUGCUCUUCAGCCGCCGGCACUGAGGGCUCCGGCCGCCAGGGAGAGCUGCGCCCUAGCUGCGCUGAAGCAGAGCCAGCGAGAGGAGAGAAAGAGCGAGAGAGCGAGAGAGCGCUCGCCAGCCGCCCGUCCGCCCGCAGGCUCCGGCUGCGCCGCUCCUCGGUACGGAGAGGGAGAACUGCAUGCAACCGGUGGGACCCAACGCCCGACCAGGUUCUGGUCGUCCUACCACCCGGCAGCCACCCCCAGGACCCAAGAGAGCUCGAGGGAAGCCUUGCAGACAGACGGUCAGGUCCCCGGUGGGGCUGCGCGCUCCUACCCUGGUCAGCUGGGGGCGGCCGGUGGCUGCAGGCGGCCCGGGGAAGCAGCAGCGGCAGCGGAGGCAAAGGCGUGUCUGAGCGGGCGGAGGGCUCUCCGGCGACCUGUCCCGAGAAUGCUGGGGGGCGAUGCCCGGGGCCAGGGACGAGAUCUGUCAGAAGGCACUGCAGCUGCUUGCCGAGCUGUGCUCCAGCGGGGCGGUAGAGCACGACAGCUGCCAGGAUUUUAUCCAUUACCUGCGGGACCGCGCCAGACCUCGGCUCACCGACUCAGACAUCUCAGUGAGUUUGCUGUCUCUAGUUGUCACAGCCUGUGGGUUGGCCCUCUUCAGUGUAUCUCUAUUUGUGUCCUGGAAGCUCUGCUGGGUCCCUUGGAGAGAACGAGGUCUGUUCUCAGGAAGCAAAGACAACCAGGAGCCCCUGAAUUACACAGAAACAGAGACCAAUGACCCAGAAUACAGCGAAGACUAUCAGGAGCAGCCCUCGCCCUAUCCAGAUGCCGCCAUGAAGAUCAGCCACACUUCUCCUGACAUCCCCUUAGCCUCUCAAGCAGAGAACAAGGAGAAUUGUGUCCAUGGGACCCGCAUGCAACGGCAAGUGACAGAGCCCACCCCAUCUGCCCGGCACAACUCAAUCCGAAGGCAACUCAACCUCUCAAACCCAGACUUCAAUGUCCAGCAGCUUCAGAAGCAGGAACAACUGACAGGGAUUGGACGCAUUAAACCUGAGUUAUAUAAGCAGAGGUCAGUGGACACUGAUGAUGGGAGAAAAAGCAACAGCAAAGCCUGUGGGAAACUGAACUUCAUUGUGAAAUAUGACUGUGACUUAGAGCAGCUAAUCGUAAAGAUCCAUAAAGCUGUCAACCUGCCAGCAAAAGACUUUUCUGGGACAUCAGACCCUUAUGUCAAGAUUUACUUGCUCCCGGAUCGGAAAACUAAACACCAGACUAAAGUUCACAGAAAGACACUAAACCCAGUCUUUGAUGAGGUUUUUUUAUUCCCAGUUCCCUACAAUGAUCUUGCCAUGAGGAAGCUUCACUUUUCUGUCUAUGACUUUGACCGAUUCUCCCGCCAUGAUUUAAUUGGUCAAGUGGUUGUGGAUCACUUCUUAGAUUUGGCAGACUUCCCUCGAGAGUGUAUCCUUUGGAAGGAUAUCGAAUAUGUCACCAAUGAAAAUGUGGAUCUUGGAGAUUUGAUGUUUUCCCUUUGUUAUCUUCCAACUGCUGGAAGGCUGACUAUCACCAUAAUCAAGGCCAGGAACUUAAAAGCAAUGGAUAUAACUGGAGCAUCAGAUCCUUAUGUGAAAGUCUCACUGAUGUGCGAAGGCAAACGCCUGAAGAAAAGAAAAACUUCCACCAAGAGGAACACACUCAACCCUGUUUACAAUGAAGCCAUAGUCUUUGAUGUCCCCCCAGAAAACAUUGACCAAAUUCACUUGUCAAUAGCUGUCAUGGACUAUGACCGUGUAGGUCACAAUGAGAUCAUUGGGGUGUGCCAAGUGGGCAACGAAGCAGAACGCCUUGGACGAGAUCACUGGAGUGAAAUGCUGUCGUACCCUCGGAAACCCAUCGCUCACUGGCACCCACUAGUUGAGAAACGAUAGUAAUGGAGGUGAGGACUGCUCAGGCUAAGUGAUGAGCCCAGACCAUUGGAUUCCAGCUGUCUUAAGCUGCUUUCCCCUUCCAACACCACCCCAAUAGCCCCACCAACCAACUGCUCAGAUGUAACCUUAGCAAUAACAAGUCCUCUCCCAAGACCAGGUUUGAGGAGCGCCAAGUGAACCUGCCUACCUUCUUGGCCCAGUCCAAAGCCAAGUAUGCCAUGGGAGAGGACUUGCUGUGUGACCAAGAAUCAAGAUUGGACGAAAGAAGGAAGGGCUCCGUACCAGCUACAUUCCCCCUGCCCCUGCCCCUGCCUCGGCCACUAGGGUCGAUCUAGACUCACUGUCCCCCACGGUUGGUGUUGAACAGCAGAAUGAUGAACAUCUGCAGGGUUUAGCAGCUGUCCUGCAAAAACGAACAGAAAUACCGCUUGGCCAGAGUCCCCACAGAAUGAAAGUACAUGAAAAACAAAGCUGGCGAUAAGAAUCUCUCCUUUGGCUGGGCUUUCCCAUGAGUUAGUGACUUCACCCCUAUCAGGAAGGCUCUGGGAGAUCCCCCCAGCACAGACAGGGCAGAGCUUAAUGAAUGUGCAGGGAAGCCAAACACGUACCCCACUUCGAGGGACCAGCACACAGUUCCCUUGUAGGCUUCCCUGCCUGCCAAAAACCAUUCAUUGACAGUGCAGGUUAAAAUUGGACUUUGUGGGGUGGGGGGAGGGAGGGGCAGACAUUUUCAAUCCUACAAAUUCUCCCCUAAGUAAAGGAAAUGUGGGUCCAGCCUGCUGUUUUGAGUGCCUUCUGGUCCAUUUCCAUGUGCAACACUCUAGACUACACCUUCCCCCUGCCUUGGUGUUGCAGCCAAAGACAAUACUUCUCAUUUUCUUUUUAACACAAGCAUCACAUCAGCCCCUAGGUAAUGGAAAUACCUAGGAAAGAGCUAAGUCCAAGGGCUUUCAACUGUGACAUCAUCAAAUUAGUGUUGGAUGUUGCUCCGUAGCCAGCCACUCAAGUAUCACUCAGGCUUCUGACAAAGCGGAUGGACAAAGCAGAGCCCUCAGCACUGCCGGGGGGUGAGAAUUCCACAGCCCCAGGAAACUUCCCUUUAUCCACUGAGGCAAUGUGGCUGGUGCCCGGCCUUUCCAAGGACAGACAGCUUCAAAUGAGUAUACCUUAGAUGAGAGGAGAGGAAAAGAGAGGAGGGAGAGGAGAGACAGACAGACAGAGUGAGAGAGAAACAGACACAAAGAGAGAUAGAAAGAGGGAGGCGAGGAAAGAAGGGGGGGCAAGAGAGGGAGGGAGAGAGA